AUGGCGAAGCGGAAGGCGACCGAGACACCUACCCCCAAUACCCCGAAGACGAAGAAGCCACGCGGUGCCGGUAAGUAUCUAUCUCCUCUGAAUCGCUCCCUGCAUGCCUAUCCAAUGAGGGCGGCGCGAGCCGAGAGCCCGAAAGAUCGAGCAACUUGGUAUUGACGGGGUGUCAAACAGGAACCGGGAAGUCACCCGACAAAGCAACAGCUCAACCGCAAGAAGACUUCGACCCGCAGCAAGAAUACAAGAUCAAAGAGAUCCUGAAAGAAGACAGGCGAUACUAUCUUAUCGCCUGGGAAGACCACGAAGCUACCGGCGAGUCGUACAAGCCUACCUGGGAGCCCAAGGCGAACGCAAACGAAGCUGCUGUCGCAGACUGGAGAGAAAAGCAAGCAAGGCGUGAGUCUUUCCAAGUUUUACGGUGUCUUUGAUUUUCCAGCUUUGCUAACGUGGCGUAGUCCGCGAGCAGAAGAAGGCGAGAAAGCGCAAGUCGUUUGGCCCAGCAGCGAGUCCUGCGCGGAAACGUGGAAAGACUGGAGGAUCUUCUGCCACCACUGCGAGCCCAGCUCUAAGUCGUGAUCCGACUGCAGAAGGAUCCAGUCCUGCGCCUAGAGCAGCGACUCCUCGCCGCAGGAACAUCGUCCCGAGUUCUUCUUCCCAAGAGGCUUCUAGCGCUGCGAAGGGACGGGUCGAAGCGGAGAGCGAGAAGAUCGAGCCUGAGAUUCCAGAAACCCAACCAGCCUCUCUUGGUGCCGUAGCUCCUGAUAGCCCACUCUUCGUAUCCAGUGAAGCCGAAGAGACUCCCAGGGCUCGGUCUGAGCAACUCAACGUCCAACUCAGCGAUCCGCCUUCAAGUUAUCAACGCGGAGCUUAUCAGCGAUUCGACGAUUCUCAGCGGAACUCUGGAGCCGAAGAGCCUUCGCCGCUGCCGUCGUCGGCGUUUGGUCCACUCGCCGCUGAGACUGGGCGCGAAAUCCCAGAUUCUGACCCCAGCUCUGCUUCUGUUCGGCAGACGCAGACACAAGGCACUCAGGAGAAUCGUGGAGUGGGCUCGAGCCAGCUUGUGCCGGAGUCUCAGAGUCGGCCAGAGCAACAGCAAGCACAUCCAUCGUCGAGUUUCAGGGGGUUCUCGCCCGAUUUGCAACCCAAGCAGAACCCAUCAGCGCAGGUCCAGGAUUGCGAACAACAAGAGGCGGCACAGCAUUCCUUUGAAACCCAAGACGUACAAUCUGCUGGCACUGCGAGUGGAGCGACACAAGCGUACACCCGUGAAGAGCAGCAAAACCCCUCGCAGCCGGAAGUUGCAUCUCAGCAUUCAGUAACAAAAGAGAGUUUUGUGCGUUCAGGCUCAGACGGGCGUUUUUUACAGCAAACGCAGCCUCGGACCGAUUUUCCCAAAGCGGACGACUCUUUCGAAGGCGAACCCCGUGAUACGGAGACCGUGAAUGGGACUUCUGAUGCAGCUGAUGAGACAACAAGACAUUCACCUGCGCGGAUAGACGACAAACCCAGUACCGGAGCUUCAACAAGGGAAAAUACCCCGACAAAUCGCGCAGCGAACGAGGACGAAGAGAUCACCGCUGAGGGCGGCAAUCAGGAGACCUCGCCCGGCAAAGGUGCAAGCCAAUUCAAUCGAGAACAGCAGAAAAUCACAGACCGUUCACAGACCGAAGGCGCAGCAACAACUUCCUCUGAAAAAUCGAUUGAGGAGCUUGGUGCCUCACUGGCGUUUGCUAUCAACGGGUCAGAAGGCAUCGUCGUUGAGAGCUCAGCGCCCCCUAUUUCAUCUACCCAAUUCCUAUCGCAGCCCGACUACGAACCGCCUCCCGCUGGCCAGCGACCGGUCGAGUCUUCGGUUCUCGAGGGUGCUCAAAUCCUCCAAUCUCUCAAAGCAAGUUCGCAGCCAUCGCCAUCGAAAGUGCCCGCGCAAAGCGCGUCUGAGGCGAUAACAUCGCCGAACUUCUUCUUCUCCAGCCAGCCUAGAGCUCAACGUCAAAACCUGGUGACGCAGAGUCUUCCCGCGACCCCGUCUCCACUACGCUUCCAAACGCAGAUUUCACCUCGCCCUCGUGUGCGAUCUAUUGAGAAAGUGCAAAGGAGUGAGCUGAACUUUGGUCCUGGACAAAAGUCGCCUGAAUCGUCGCCAUUUCCUUCUGUCCCGUCGCAGUCGAUCGGCACCGUGGGCGAAAGCGCUCCUGGCAGGAUUCCCACGCCUUCACAGAAUUCUUUCUCUGUCACAGACUCGAAGCCUCGCACUCCCAUAAGAGGCAGCGGAAAAAAAAUGGCGCCACAGUGGAUGACAGACCAGGAUGCUCAAACUCCUAGCAGUCGCCAGAAGACUCCCGCCGUUGUAGUUCAGCCUGCAUCUUCUCUGCCUCCUAAUAUCAGCGCAGAGGUUGCCGCCGCUCGCCAAGGCUCUCCUAUGCUGGAUAGUAGGCGGUCUCCUUCGACUGUACCCGCCAUGGAGGCCGAACCUGCCAUUACGAUGGAAGAGAUGAACACUUCCGAGAGAUAUGACACACUUAUCCCGCAAGCCCAGGGCCGCAAUGGGCUUAGCCCAGCCCAACUGCGCAAUCGACGUGCUGUCCCGGGGACGCUUUCCGAGCAAUUCCCUCAUCCCCACGAGCCUAGCGAGAAUCUUGAGGCGGCAAGUGUCCACAGCAUACCUAUUGUUCUGGGACCUCAUCAACGUGACCAGUACUUCCAGAACAUCUAUUUCCAAAAGAAGGCUAUCGACGGCUUUCUUGAAGAGCAACAACCCUCCGAAGAACAGAUUGUCGACGCAGAGACAGUCGUCGAGCGCCUGCGCAGUAUCUCCAUGCACCCGGACUUGGUCAAUCACGAUGCCUUGUCUCAAGUAUCCACUCCUGAGCGCCAGGCGCAAUGGGAUGUGGACUCGAGUGCGAAGUUCCGGUUUCUGAACCAGUUGUUCCGCAUGUUAAGCGAGCGAAACAUGCACCUAGCGUUGGUAGCAGCCGGCUAUAAGGUGCCCGACAUGCUCGAGACGUUCCUACGGGGCACGAGUAUUCCGUACAAUAGAGAUCCUUCCGCUCGAGCAGACUUCCACGCUUCUAGCCUCGGCCUCCGAGUCUCUAUCAUCGACCUGGAGCAGGAUGUCGCGUCUAUUGACAGUGCACACCUUGUCAUUGCGAUGGACGGUUCAGUGAACUACCGUCACCCUGUCAUUCGGGCAGCUCGUCAACAACGGACCCUCGAUAUGACCCAAACCUUCACUUGGGCGACGCUUCUUACUCUUGUUGUGCCUUUUACGGUCGAACACAUAGAGCGAUGUCUUGCACCCGGCAUGUCACGCAAAGCUCGAGCCCAUGUCAUUCUCAGUGCAACUCGACGGGUGAAGGAUAUCGCGGGUAAGGCCGAAGCCGGACAGGUCUCCCCAGAAAAAUCUGCCACCGUCAUUGCAGACUUCUUGCAACGGCGCACAGAUGACACCGAAUGGCCCAUUACUGGAUUGAGCAUGAUCGAUGACCUGGACAGUCAGACUGAGACUGAGCUCUCGCAAGAAGUCGCAUCUUUCCCCCGGACGAGGUCCAAAAGCCCAGGAAAGCGACCUUACGCUGAAAGUGGCGUUGGUUCGCCCGAAGAUGCGUCCAAGCGGCCGCGUCUUGAUGAAGCGGAAAUGCCUGGGACCAUUAAUCCGCAGGAGAUCGAGGUUACUCACAUCAGCGACUCUAUGGGCAAGGGCACGCAGACUAACAUUGAAAUGGGCGACGUGUUCGCACCGUCUGGCCCGUCUGAAGCCCAAGCAGAGGCACUUGAAGAAGCGCGAAGCUUCCUCGCUGAGUACGAGAAAGCUCUUGAGGAUGUUCAAUACCGGUUUGAGGAGCAGCAUGCUGAACUCGUCAAAGUCAGGCAGGCAAGAGACUCAGAAAUGACACGCGCGGAAGCGGCUUUGGAGAGAUUGAGCGUCACUGAAAUGAACAACACGACACUGCGUGAUGAACGCACGCUCCUGAAGGAACAGCUCGCAGACGCCAAUGCCCGGGUUGCUGAUAUCUCGAUCCCUGAACGUCAAGAGUUUGAGAGGCUCCGAUUGGAAGUCCAGCUAGCUCGAGUGGAAAAAGAAAAAGCAGAAAAGAAAGUCGCUGGUCUUGAAAAGGAAUUGGAUUGGACACGUAAGAUGUACCAAGACUCCUCAUCCCAGGCUCGUGACCUGGCGGAGCAGAAUACCGACUUGGAAGGCCGCCUGGUACGCGCUGAAAAGCAAGCCAGCGGCGAACAGGCGCGUGCUUUGCAGAUGAGCCAGGACAUGAAGCAUAAGGCUCUGGAGCGGGAAAACAAGAAAUUGAAGGGUCUGCUCAAGAAUCGCGAAGAUGACCUCAAGCAGAUGGACGAGCGACUUCAGCGGGAGCAGGCUGGUCGUGGUCGGAUCGCAACGAGACAGUCUUCUGUCCCGCGGAGUCCGCGGCUCGGCUCUCCCGUCCACAAAGGCGGUCGUGGUAGUAGACAGACAAGCCCUAGUGCGGGAGAGCUGAGGCCGAGAGGUGGCUUGCAUCCGUUGAGAAAUGGAUGA